GGCUGUAGUGAAGCUUUUAUUGCUUUAAAAAAUCGUUUAUGAUUUUUAAAAUGUUUUGCGUUCCUGUUGAGUUGAGUAUGUGCAUUUUAAAAUGGUUUUUAAUUCCGUUAAAAGUGGUGAUUUUGUCAUUUUGUAGAUCCCUUAUUUCUCUAUUUCAGCUUGUAACUAACUUUGCAUUGCUUUAAAAAAUAGUUUCGAUUUUUUGAAUUGUUUUUUUACUGGUGUAAAGUGAAAUGGGCGGACUUUUGAAUGGUUUUAAUGGUGUCAAAAGUUCCAACACUUUUUCCAUAUUUGUGUUGAUAUUUCUUUACAACUACUCAGGCUGGAGAUGUUUUGAUACUGUGAAUAUUAAUUUAAGUAAUUAUCAAAUCAUAAAAUAGAAUGCAUUCCAGCCUAGCUUCAUUUUUUGUAAAUGUCAGUUUCAAAAUGAAAUGCGUUACGUACGUAAACCAGCGGCCAGGGGCUCUCGCCUGUGACGUCAUCAGCAGACUGGGACUUCUCCGGCUCCAGUGUCUCUUGGUCAAUAUUUACCGUAAUUUCCAGUGUUUUCCAAGUAUUUCCAGCUGUUUAUAAACUCAGGUACAUAUGUCUGGAGUUCAAGGACAGGGCAGCAGCAGAGGAGGCAGUGAGGCAGAGGAACAAUUACAAGCUAGACAAGCAGCACACGUUUCUCUGUAAUCUCUUCACGGACUUUGAGAAAUAUGACAACAUACAUGAGGAGUUUGUCGCACCUGUCCCCGAGCCUUAUAAGAUUGGUGAUGAGUAUUUUACAUUCAUCACCAAGUGCCAGGACCCCAAGGCGUGCACGGUGCUGCUCAGGGGACCCAGCAAGGAUAUCCUGAAUGAGGUGGAGAGGAACCUUCAGGACGCCCUUGGAGUGGCCCGGAACUUGGCCCAGGAGCCCCGUCUGGUCCCUGGGGGCGGCUCGGUGGACAUGGCAGUCUCUAACUUCCUGCAGCAGAAGGCCAAGGGGGUGUCAGAGGAUGGAGAGCUUCGGAUACCACACGGAGUGGGGUGAAGGAGCCUUGGGGAUGCCUGAAGGAGGGGCAGUGAAGGAGGGAGGCCUAGAGAUGAAGGAAAUGCAGAAAAUUCCUGCAAUACUGAACGCUUCUCUGGUCAGACUAUCCUUCACUGAAUAUUUGGACCGAGGCUUCGAGAUACGAGCUGAGCAUCUGUUUUUUUUAGUGUUUUGAGGCAGCUUUAAUUUUUUUUUUAGGUGUUUUUAGUUUGUUUUAAUGUUAUUUUGAGUAUUUUAGGUUUGUGGAAGGAAGGAGAAAGCUUAAAUAAAGUAAUAAGGCCGAAAAAAAGGCUUAAAUUGAGAGUUUUAUCAGCCUGGCGGAUAUUAAGCUGUUUUAAGUAUUUUAAGUUACCAGAAGAGUGGAAGCUUAAAUUUAAUACUACAAUAAGGAAAAAGUUUUUUUCUUGCAUUAGGAAGAGAAAAGCUUAAUAUUAUUGAUGUUUUUUAUCAAUUUCUUUUGAUUUUAUAUUCAGUUUAUUUAUUUGUCAUUAUUUUUAAGAUCAUUUUUUUAUUUAAGAUCAUUUUUUUCAUUUUUCGUUUUUUCACUUCUUUGACUUAAUAUCCAGUUUAUUUAUUUAUUAUUACUUCUUAGUGUGUCUAAGUACUUGCAAGGAUCAUUUAUUUAAUUAUUAUUAUUUUUAUUUUAUUUUCUGUAUUUUUUUUUUUUAUAUAUAUAUAUUUUUUUUUUUAUAAUGUAAACUUAUUACAUCAAUAUUCCCGUUUUCUGUUACUUGUUCAUGCCAGGGGUGACAAUAAACAUGAAGAUUA